CCCCAUCGUUGACUGGUUCUUGGGUCUCUUGGCGGCACAUAUUCGCAGCAGUGUCUGCUCAUCGUCUCGCAAGACCUACGCGCCAUGGAGCUGGCGGCAGACGCUCUCCUCGACUUGGCCGACGUGGUCCAUGAUGAAGGGAUGGAAGAGGCAGAGACGGAUCUCACCACUCGGGCGUCUAGUACUGCUCAGGAUGCUGGAAGCGCGACUUCACAUCCCUCUGAUCCACCCCCGCCACUCACCGGCGACUCUGUCGCCCUCUUCGAACCUGACGCACUUGAAGACGAAAUCGUCUCCCUCCUCAACCAGGACGCGCUCCAGGACUCCCAACCAGGUCUGAUCCCCGACCUCGGACCCCAACCACCACCCCCAUUGCAAGACGGCGCGCCCUCAGGCCACCCCUCAACCACGCAAUCUGGUAUGAAUCUGGCCGAUUUCUCGGCUAUGAUUCACACAGCUCAAGCCCAGCAGACGCCCCCGACGCCCGACCCCACCGCGCAGUCCAACACCCGGAGCGCGCCCUCCUUCCACUCCCUCGCAGGCCCCACCACACACACUUCCCGAUCGUACGAUCCCCUCGCCGCCGAUGGGGACGCGUACGACGACGCGCUGUCCCCGCCACCGCGCAAGCGGCAGCGCCGCGAGCAAAGCGCGUCAGAAUCGACGGACUACUUCGCCUCGGACGGCGCGCUCGCGGGCGCGGACAACGAGGACGAGUGGAACGACUUUGCGCUGCAGCUCGCGUAUCCGGGCGCGGGUGACGGCGCAGCGCCCUCGGCGACGCCGACGAUGCAUAUGGACGAUGGGCUGCUGGGCAUGGAUCUGUUCGACCCGCGAUUCCAGACGGAGCUGUCGGAGGAAGAUGAUGACUACUCGCCGGUGGUGUCUAGCGUGCGCCCUCAGCGGCAUCCGUCAAGACAUGGCUCGCGUCCGCCGGCCAGGUCAAGCCCUCUACCUUCGAGCGAAGAAGCCGGUCCUGUGAGCGCGCAUGAAGAGGCAAGCUCUCCGCCUGCGCCUGAUCAUGAUAUGGACGAGCCUCCGAGGAGGGUCAAGAAACCGAAGGAUGAGAACGGAUAUCAUGUUUGCGAAUACGAGCACUGCGACAAGUCGUUCAAGCGGCGAAGCGACAUGCUACGACAUAUGCGCAUCCACUCUGGAGAAAGACCCUACGUUUGCACCCAUCCUGGAUGUGGCAAGACUUUCAUUCAGCGCUCUGCCCUCAGCGUACAUGCUCGAGUUCAUACUGGCGAGAAACCUCACACCUGCGAAUAUCCACAUUGCGGCAAACUCUUCGCCGACUCUAGUAGUCUCGCGCGACAUCGACGGACACAUACUGGCAACAGACCGUUCAAGUGCGAAGAACCUGGUUGUGACAAGGAGUUUACUCGCCGCGGUAACCUCAACGCACACUUACGAACGCACGACCCCAAUUACGAGCCAGAACCCGACGUACGCUACGAUGCAAGUGGGAAGCGGAAACGCAAGCACUCCACCGCAAACGAGGACGACGAGUCUGGCGAAGAAGACACCAAGCUCAUGGAGUCUGUCAAGACCCUGUCAGAGUUGCUCACUGGCGAUGAGAGGGGGAUAACUAGUAUCAGUGCAGAGCUCGCUGCCGCUAUAGCCGAAGCGCAACGCGUUCCAGCACAUCCGCCAACGAUCUACGAGGUUGAAGACGAGCACGAGCAAGCCCCGCCUGACAAGGAUCCGGUUCCGCUUUAUACAAACCCGAAGGAGAAGGAGAGUAGGGGAGCACGGCGGCGCGCACGACGUCCCGCCGCUACGUCAAAUCCUGACGAUGACGGUGAUGGAGAGGACGACGAAGAGGACGACGUGGACGCUGGAGCGAUUAUUCCUACACCACUACGCACCCGCAGAACGACAGUCAGCACCGCCGACCGAUAAACUCACUAAUCACGCCCACUGUUUUGUAAGCCAGCCACCGCAUUAUUGGACCUGUAUGCCGGAUGUAUCAUAGCGCACAAUUGUACACGCGCCGUGCUCGGUGCCUAAUCUGCUGCUCUGGACUGGGCACGCAACACGUUUCUUCCCGGUGGCGCGG